GCUGGUGGAGCCGGUGUGAGUUGCUGGUCCCGGACACAGCUCGGCCCCGCUACGCCAGAACAAUGACUCUGGAAGCGGUCAGGUACCGGCGAGGCAGCCUGCAGGUCCUCAACCAGCUGCUGCUGCCACAGCGGAGUGUGUACGAGGAGAUCAGCGGGGUGCAGGCGGGCUGGCAGGCUAUCAGAGAGAUGAAGGUGAGAGGUGCCCCUGCGAUCGCCAUUGUCGGGUGCCUGAGUCUUGCCGUGGAGCUUCAUCAGGGUAAGAAGGGCGACGAGGGGGAGUUGGCGACCUUUGCCCUUGAGUCACUGGACUACCUCGUGACCUCCAGGCCCACGGCGGUCAACAUGGCGCGUGCAGCACGGGAGCUGUCUGACUUUGUGACGGGCGAGGUCAGACAGCCGGACUCCACUGCUGAGAGCUUCAAGGAAAACCUGAUUUCCAGAAUCGAGGGCAUGUUGGAGAAGGACAUUCGCGACAACAAGAGUAUUGGAAACCAUGGCGCCAAACAUAUUCUCUCCAAGGCAAAAACAGACAAAGUAAUAAUCCUCACGCAUUGUAACACUGGCUCCUUAGCAACUGCAGGAUAUGGAACGGCUUUGGGUGUGAUACGAUCCCUGUGGUCCUUGGGCCGCCUGGAACGCGUUUACUGCACGGAGACCCGGCCAUACAACCAGGGGGCGAGGCUCACUGCCUACGAGCUGGUGCACGAGAAAAUCCCUGCCACCCUCAUCGCUGACAGCAUGGUAUCCGUGGCGAUGAAGGAGAAGGGGAUAUCAGCGGUUGUGGUGGGAGCAGACCGGAUCGUGGCCAACGGAGACACGGCCAAUAAGAUCGGGACCUACCAGCUGGCCAUUGCGGCCCGACACCACGGCAUCCCUUUCUAUGUGGCAGCCCCGAGUACGUCGUGUGACUUUACCCUGGAAAGCGGGGAGCAGAUCACCAUCGAGGAGAGGCCGGCGGAGGAGCUGACGGACAUUAACGGACUCCGUGUUGCAGCGCCAGGUAUAGACGUGUGGAAUCCCGCAUUCGAUAUCACUCCUCACAGCCUUAUCACAGCGGGAAUCAUUACAGAGCUUGGAGUUCAUGAUCCUCAGGAGCUUCGGAAAGUGCUGAUUGAUAAAACCUCCUAACCCAAACCAGAACUCAGACUACACUUGCUGAUAACAUGCUUCCUCUUUCUUUCCAUAUUGUAUCUCCAAACUUUCCAUUAUUUUUUGUUUCAGUUCUGUACAAAACCCAAAGGCUUUGCAUAUUUUUCCCUGCACUGGAAACCGACAUUAAUCCCUGCUCUUUAUUCAGUCUUUCUUUUAUUUCAAAAGCAGAGAAUUCCAUCCAUAUUCCGUGCUUUUCUAGAAUCUUCCACACCAGCCACUUGCACCUGACCACGACCUCGAGGUUUAUCUCGUGUCAUCUCUCCUGUUUUUUUUUUUAUUUGCCUGUCCUUCAUUGGUGUCCCACAAGCUGGACUCUGGCCCUUCAUCUGGACUGUUGAAUUUAAAUAAAAUGGAUUUGGCA